AUGGCUGUCAGCGAUGUUCUUUCUUCAAUUUCUCUAUUUCCGAAAAUUAUUAUUUCUGUAGCGUUCGGUAAAGARUGGAUGAUCUCUGGUGACUCUGGUAAUCUGUUGUGCAAAAUUUCCRCAUUUUUAGAAAAUGUGUCUUGGACAGUCUCUUUGUACAGCUUUCUUUUGAUAGCCUUUGAUCGCUACUUUGCCGUGUCUCAUCCACUGAAGAAACCUUACCAAAAUAGAAUAAAAUACAUCAACAUUGGUGUGUGGAUUUGGUCUGUUGUACUGAAAGCACCAAAUCUGUACUUCUUUGGUAUUCUUGACGAUGGCAAACAGUGGUUAUGUACUGUUUCCCCUAAACCUUAUUCUUUUGUCCAUAGUAUAGUGACCAGUGCUUUYACUGGUGCUGUUGUAGGCAUUGGUGCUAUAAUUGCUUAUGCAUUGACAGUUUAUAAACUUUACACACGCAGAGUACCAGGCGUUCAGAACGACAGGACAAGAACAAGACGAGAGCAGCAAAACAAGAAGGCUUUGAAGAUGUCAGCUAGCAUUGUCACCUUGGGUUAYUUAACUUGUGGCUGGUGGUUUGUCUUCGUUGUAUUGAAAUAUCUGGGAAAACUUGACCAUCUUUCACCAUCAAUGUUYAAAAACGUUUCCAAUGGCUCUUAUUUCAUAACAUACAUGUUUUUCGUUUACAAUUUCUACCUGUAUCUCAUCUUCAAUGACAUUUACCGGAAGAACAUCAAAAUUAUGUUAACAAAGUGCUCAUGUACUUUUUAUGCUGUUGAUGGCAGCAGCACAUCCAAUACAGGGGUUCCUACCGAUACAGGCAGGAUUCCUGCAGAAAAUCAGGUCACCACAUAA